AUGGUUGAGGGUAUAAUUCUGAUCUCCCACUCUUUAGCACAUGUGUUUUUUGAUACCGGUGCUACUCAUUCUUUUAUAUCAAGUUCUUUUGUUCAAACUUUGAAAUUGAAAGUUGAGAGCUUGGAAACCCUGAUGAUGUUGAACUACCCACUGGGCUGUGUGGAGCUGAUUAGUGUAUGUAGAUUGUGUGAAAUCAUGAUUGGAGGUGAACGAUUAAGAGCUGAUCUAAUUAUCCUUCCGAUGAGUCUGUUUGACGUAGUGCUCGGAAUGGAUUGGCUUUCAAAAUACGGUGCAAUUGUUGAUUGCUACCGUAGGAGAGUAACUUUGAUGAUCACCUAUCAAGCAGACAUGAACCCAGUCCUGGAAGAACGACUGUUAAGAUACAGUGUUAGAGGAUGUAGGAACCUAGCCUGCUUUUCUUUCCUUCUUACUUUAAAAGGUGAACCCGAGGUAAUUGGAGACAAUACGGGAAUUCCUGUGGUGGAUGAAUUUGCGGAUGUAUUUCCUGAUGAGUUACCCAGUUUACCGCCAGACCGAGAAAUUGAAUUCAGUAUUGACUUGAUUUUGAGAACGACUCCUAUCUCUAUUCCUCCCUACUGA